AUACUGUGUCGACGACUACUCUGAGGACCGAUUGGACGGGUAGUCGUAGUGAUGAGCUAAUGAUGAAGCGAUCGCCCGAUGAUUGCGAACAGACGUCAAACAAAUGCCAAUCAAAUUGUGAUUCAAAUACUAAUAGUACGGCUGAAGUGCAACAAAAGGAUCUCGUUUAUGUCAAUAUAUACAUACCUGAACUACAGACUGAGCAAACUGUGGUAAUCAGUAAAUACGAGUCGAUAUGGACGCUGAAGAGGGGUCUGAUCGAGAGGUGCAAUAAUAGCCUGAAAUACUGUGAUCUAAACUAUGGCUUCUUCUGCACAUCGGGUCUGAUCGAGAGGUGCAAUAAUAGCCUGAAAUACUGUGAUCUAAACUAUGGCUUCUUCUGCACAUCGUUUGGUCACUUUCUCGACGAAGAACUCAAUCUAAACGCCUAUUUCUCCGAAGCCAUACAGAAGUGCUGUAAUCGUAUUCGUCUCGAACUCCUCUAUAAGCAACGGAUCAAAGUCGGCGAAGUCAUGAACACAUUACCCGCAGCGAGCACAACCUCACGACGGAAGAAGAGGUCCCGUUUGGUGACAGCCGUCACGAAUUGUAACGUUGAAAAAGUGGCCAAAAUUUUGGUCAAUUGCGACCCAAACUUUGUGGACGAGACCACCGGUGAAACCCCAUUGAGUGUAGUGUCCGCCAGUCAGUCGGCCACCAAUUCAGCCGUUCAGCGGGUGAUCGUCGCACUCGUCAACGGCGGAGCGCUACUCGACUUCCGCACCAAAGAGGGUAAGACUGCCCUUCACUGCGCGGUCCAGAAGUCUAAUUACGUGGCCCUCAAGACACUACUCGACUUAGGCGCGUCGCCCAACUAUAAGGACGCCGUA